ACUGAACAUCACCAAACAACCAACAAAGAGCACUCUGUCGGUCUUGAGAGAGACAACUUGGCUACGGCGUCUUGCUGACCAGUAUGGGACAGAACCAGGAUAAACUAGGAGAGGGAGAACAGGCCAUUGGUGAAGGUUUGAAGGAGAUGAGGCCAAGCCCUGACUCUGGAGGAGCAUGCAGUCAUACAUGUGAUGUCAUGGAGGGAGGAAGCUCAUGUGAGGAGGAGGCUGGUAACACCAGAGGAAAUUCAGGAAAACCAGACACUCAGGAUUUGGACGGGAGCCCCAGCCAAGAGCCAACAUCACCUUCUAGUGAGAAGAACAUAAAUUUGUGGGUGAGCCCUUUCGUUGCAAAGGAGGUGAGACAGGGAGGGGCUGCAGAAAAGGAGGGAGGAGGAGGAGGAGGCAGGACCGCUCCACUGGUUCCACAGGAGACAGACAAGAACCAAGAGAGUAGUGCAAAGAUUGAGGAAAGAGCUGGAGCACAUAAGCUGUUCAAUCAAAUCAAGAGAGAGGAAAAGAAUACUAAGGAAGAGACUCACACAUCCUCAAAGAUCAAGAUGGAUUAUCAGGAUAAGGGAAGCGUCCAAUAUGAGAAGAUCCAAGAUCAAAUCUUCUCAGCUGGAGUUGUAAAUGAAAAGUCUGGCACUGCUGUUAACGCAGAGGAUGCAAACUCACUUGAAAACACUAUAGAGGACUCUGUGAUGGUGAAGAUGAGCCGAUGUGGAGCUCAUGCAGGAGGGGAGUUGUUACUGUCUGUUCAGCAAGAUCAACAUGACACCAUCAUGGCGGAAGUUGAAGAUAUUAAACUCUGUGAGGGAACAGUGGGCUGCUUGAUUGAGACGAAGGAACCGCCUACAGCUCAACUCCAACAUCCUUUGAAAAACAGUCUGCAGAAAGAGUCUCUCUUAGGCAUGAGUGAUACCAUUCACUGUAGACCUCCAAAAGAGAGGGCAGAGAAUGAUACAAAAGAGGAAAUAUGUGAGGUUUUGAAUGACUACUCUUCACUAAAACCAAAGGUCACUGACACAGCUGAUCAAAGGGAGUCAGUGAGGCCUUAUCUACCAAUGGAGACAACUGAAACAACCACAAAUCAAAAGGUAGACUCUUGUUCAACAUGUAAUCCAGCCUUUGAACCAAGUUCUAUUUUAGAGAAGCUACUGGAGCGAAACCGAAAGGAGACAUCCCCAGUUCUUUCAAAAAUAGAAGAGGUUGACACAAACGACAAGAACACAAUGGAUAUUGUUGCAAAGGGAACCCUUGACAGCGCUGCAACAGAGCUAUCCACCAAUCAAAUUGAUCAGUCUGAUGUAAAUACACCUUCAGCAUGUGACAUGAAUAGGUUGAACAAGAAAGAAAACCAUGCAACCAAAGGUCAUCAUGUUAGGGGCGCGGACGUGAAACAAGCAGCUGCUGUGGACAGUAUGACUUCAGAUUCUUUUCAGCCUGAAGUGAUUGGGAAUACCAUGUGUGAAAGCUCACUCACAAAAUCCCAAUGUUCCAAAGCUUUUUGUCUGAAUGCAGAGGACAUUAACUCAACAGAUUCUUCAGUCAAUGAGGAUAUGGAGAUAAAGCCAAACAUGACCCCUUUUAAAAACCUGUUUAAAGACAACUUACAAUCAGCUGCCUCACAUGAGAGAACAUCUUGUAAAGUGAGUGGUGUGAUUACUGAGGAAUCUGCAUCUUUAUCAGUAUUUGAUGUAAAGUCAUCACCCACCAAAAGCGAUAGACAAAUUGCAGACUCAUGCUUUUUACUCACUGAUGAGAAGACAGAAGCCAGUACCAUAAGGCCACCGCUACAAAUAAUGAGUGACAGCGAGUGCAAAGCUGAUCCGCAGUUAUCUGGCUCUGCAUGUUUUGAUGCUCAAUCUAUAAGGAGGAAGAAGGUGAAGAACUCCACUGAGGACACUGCUGCACCAACUGUGAAUGCUGGUUCAGUUUUGGUUGCAGCUGGCACAGUUAUCCCUGAGGAAAGACACCAGAUCAUAAGGCAGGAUCUUAAUAUGAGCCUUAACAUAGAAAACAUGAUGCCAGAUCAACCUGAUGAACAACUUGGAAAAGAGGGAAAUGACAGCGUCUCACUGAGAGAUAAAUCCCAAAGCAAUCCCAAAUCUAGGCCUGUCUCAGAACUCAUAAAGGAGACCAUUCAACUGCAUGAAAAGCUGCAGCACCAGGACCGAACAAAGCCAGCUGAAAUCAAGUCUGAUGAGCAGGGCCAGUCUGUGAAGGUAGCACAGAUGAAAGCAGCUUUUGACUCAGCUCAGAAGUCCCCAGACAAGGCAAUUGAGAGGAAGCCAUCAGUGAGAAGAGUUUCCCCUGCCUGGACUCGCUGUGGGAUGCUGAGCGACCCCAGGGUCAACAGCUAA